GACACACAUACAUCUAAACAAAUAACUUCCGCUGGUCCCGAGUCCCAAGUCAGCUGAUCUCCUUCAUUGCUGUCUGCUUAAUUUUUUAUUGAAAAUGUCGGGUAAAGACAGACUACCUAUUUUUCCCUCUCGGGGAGCACAAAUGUUGAUGAAAUCUCGUCUUGCUGGUGCAACAAAAGGCCAUGGAUUAUUAAAAAAGAAAGCUGAUGCAUUGCAGAUGAGAUUCCGUAUGAUUCUUGGUAAAAUUAUCGAGACGAAAACAUUGAUGGGAGAAGUAAUGAAAGAAGCUGCAUUUUCACUAGCAGAAGCUAAAUUUGCGACUGGUGAUUUUAACCAAGUAGUCUUGCAGAACGUAACAAAAGCCCAGAUUAAAAUCCGGUCUAAGAAAGACAACGUAGCUGGUGUAAACUUGCCAGUGUUCGAGUCCUACCAAGACGGUACGGAUACCUACGAACUCGCUGGGUUGGCUCGUGGUGGUCAGCAGCUCGCAAAACUCAAGAAGAACUACCAAAAAGGAGUCAAGCUUCUUGUGGUUUUGGCCUCGCUGCAAACUAGCUUCGUAACUCUUGACGAAGUAAUUAAGAUCACUAAUCGGCGAGUCAACGCCAUCGAGCAUGUUAUUAUUCCUCGUAUCGAGAGGACACUCGCUUACAUUAUUUCAGAGCUCGAUGAGCUUGAGCGUGAAGAGUUUUACCGUCUAAAAAAAAUUCAGGAUAAGAAGAAGAUUAUUAAAGCCAAGGCUGAAGCCCACCGUAUUGAAAUGAUAGCUGCUGGCAAAGAUUACGAUUCAGUCAACAUGCUCGACGAAGGAGACGACGAUUUAUUAUUUUAACUUGUAUAUAUAUAUAUUUAAAUAUUUAAAAACUUAUUUUAAAGAUUCAAAAAAGAAAUGAAUUAUGAAAUCUUCAAUCGUCUAUCAAAUGAGUGCUUACUCAUCAAUCAAAUAGUUCUCAAGCUUCUUAUCAGAACAAUUUGAUUGCAUGAUUAACAAUUGAAAAAAAAAAAAAUCAAUUUUGUACAGAUGUAUAAUAAUUAAAAGUACUUGAUUUUCUUCUAAUGAAUUAGCUUCAGAUAUAAAAAAUUAGCUGUUUAAAGCUUUUAAUUCAGAUCUUAAAUAUUAAUAUUAUUUAUCAACAUUUGUCAAAGUAAGUUUAAUUAUAACUAUUAAUUAAAGAAGAAGAAUAAGUAUUUAAAAGUAUUUAACGUAUUCCAAACGUCAAUUGACGUAAAUAAUCUGUAAAUCACUCCGGAGCUUGCAAAUAUAUAGUAUUAAUAAUAAAAAAAAAUAAAAUCUAAAUGAAUAUUUAAAAGUAUGUAAGGGAAUAAUAAUUAGAAUAAAUAUCUAUAUGUCUGUUGAUAA